AUGACGAAGGAAGUGGUUGGAGAGAACCGAUCCUUCUCCGGCAAAGAUUAUCAAGACCCACCGCCUGAGCCUCUAUUCGAUGCAACUGAGUUCGGGAAGUGGUCUUUCUACAGAGCUCUCAUCGCUGAGUUCAUAGCCACUCUCCUCUUCCUCUACGUUACGGUUAUGACUGUUAUCGGUUACAAGAGCCAGACCGAUCCAGCCCUCAAUCCCGAUCAGUGCGCAGGAGUUGGCAUCCUCGGCAUCGCUUGGGCCUUUGGUGGCAUGAUCUUCAUCCUCGUUUACUGCACUGCCGGAAUCUCUGGUGGGCAUAUUAAUCCGGCGGUGACGUUUGGGCUGUUCUUGGCUCGGAAAGUGACGUUGGUGAGAGCAGUGAUGUACAUGGUAGCUCAGUGCCUUGGUGCAAUUUGCGGUGUUGCUUUGGUAAAAUCCUUCCAGUCUUCUUACUACACACGCUACGGUGGUGGCGCAAACGGUCUUUCCGACGGUUAUAGCAUCGGCACCGGUGUUGCGGCCGAGAUCAUCGGUACAUUCGUCUUGGUCUACACCGUCUUCUCCGCCACUGACCCCAAGAGGAGUGCGCGUGACUCUCACGUCCCUGUAUUGGCUCCACUACCAAUUGGGUUUGCAGUGUUCAUAGUUCACUUAGCUACAAUCCCAAUCACGGGCACUGGCAUUAACCCUGCUCGAAGUCUAGGAGCUGCAAUCAUCUACAACAAGGACAAAGCUUGGGACCAUCAUUGGAUAUUCUGGGUCGGUCCGUUUGCGGGUGCAGCCAUUGCGGCUUUCUACCAUCAGUUUGUGUUGAGGGCCGGUGCUGUGAAGGCGCUUGGGUCCUUCAGGAGCCAGUCUCGCGUUUAG